CCCCGUACCUGCAACUGACGCUCUCCACCGCCGCCUCCAUCGUCUGACAACACCUGCAAAAGCCCCUCCGUCAAAGAACUCUGAUACCACUCCUGUACUCCGACCACCCCGACACUGAGACUGCACGUAUUCACCAUGGGCCGUCUUGAAGGAAAGAACGCCGUCGUCACCGGCGCCGCUGGCGGCAUCGGACUCGAGACAUCGAUUCUCUUCGCGCGCGAGGGCGCCAACAUCCUCAUGUCCGACAUCUCAGGCCCGGCGCUGGAGAAGGCGCUCGCGAAGCUGCACCAAGUAGUCCCCACCGCCAAAUCGCUCAAAAUUGAGACCAAGGUCUGCGAUGUCUCCAAGGAGUCCGACGUUGAGGCCGUCGUCGCCGCCGUCGAUGCCUGGGGCGGUCUGGACGUGAUUUUCAACAACGCCGGCAUCAUGCACGCCGACGACGACGAUGCUGUCAACACCCCCGAGAAGAUCUGGGAUCUCACGCAAGCCAUCAACGUCAAGGGUGUGUGGUUUGGCAGCAAGCAUGCCGUGCUGAGCUUCCGCAAGCAUGGCAAGACGAAGGCGAGCGUCAUCAACACUGCCAGUGUCGUCGGUCUCGUUGGCUCUGCCACACCGCAGUUGGCGUACACAGCUAGCAAGGGCGCAGUCCUCGCCAUGACACGAGAGCUGGCCAUGGUCCACGCGAGGGAGGGCUUCCGGUUCAACUCGCUGUGUCCGGCGCCGCUGAACACUCCCCUCCUGCAAGACUGGCUCGGCGACGACGCUGAGAAGCGUCACCGCCGCGAAGUCCACUUCCCGAGUGGCCGCUUCGGCGAGGCCAUUGAGCAAGCACAGGCUGUGCUCUUCCUGGCCAGCGACGAGGCGAGCUUCGUCAACGGCACAGACUUUGUCGUCGAUGGUGGUAUGACCAAGUGCUACACAACGCCGACUGGACCCCCUACUGCGGCGCCUCAGAACAACGCCCGGUAGAGAGGUCACGCGAGACGAGGAAGCUUCUGAACGAGGGUUUGAGGACUGCGUGCGAGAGAUGCUGGAUACAUAGCUUGGCAUGAUAAGCCGUCGACCUUGAUGAUAAUGACUAGAAUAUAGAACACAUCCUUCACACCUCCGGCCCGUCCGUGACUGUGGAGUUUUCAAGCGCUCACUUGGAUGACAA